AAGCCAAUUUGCGUCGGAAAAUUUACGGCUCGUGCCACCCGAAGCACGACGAACCCUAGCCUCCCCACCAAAUCCUCUCCUCCUUCUCCCUCGCCGGCGAGCUUCCGCGGCGACCCCGCCUCGACGAGGCACCCCCCAGGCACGGGCGAGCUGAACCCAUCGUCUUCCGAGUGGUUGCUCACGUGACAUCACUACGUCAGAGUGCAAGAAACUUUGUGGCUAUCUCUUCGUAUACUUGUAAGGCCAUAUCUUGGUGAUUCUUGGGAACCUUCAGAAAGACCAAUAGAGAGUUUUCCUUUGUCCAAAAAGGCUUGAGACUUGAGAGCUGAAGAGUUCUGUUCUGGAGCCACUGCUAUAAUGGCCACAAAACUUGUGGUUCUUGGAAUCCCAUGGGAUGUGGAUACUGAAGGAUUAAGAGAGUACAUGGGCAAGUUUGGACCUCUAGAUGAUUGCGUCGUCAUGAAGGAGCGUUCAUCUGGUCGAUCUCGUGGGUUUGGCUACGUAACAUUCUCAUUAGCGGAUGAUGCCAAGAAUGUUCUAGAGUGUGAGCAUGUUCUUGGAAAUCGAACUCUAGAAGUGAAGAUAGCCACUCCGAAGGAAGAAAUGAAAUCACAUGGAUCAAAAAAGGCCACUAGGAUAUUUGUUGCUCGAAUUCCACAAUCCGUGGAUGAGUCAAUGUUUCGUAGGCAUUUUGAAGCCUUUGGAGAAAUCACUGAUCUUUACAUGCCGAAGGAACAUGGUUCGAAGGGUCAUCGUGGAAUUGGGUUCAUCACUUUUCAGACUGCAGAAUCUGUGGACAACAUCAUGCAAGAGUCACAUGAGCUGGAUGGCACAACAGUAGUUGUUGACCGUGCAACUCCAAAGGAUGAAGAUGCCAGAUAUCCUCCGAGUAGGACAUCUCAGGGUGGUUAUGGUGCAUAUAAUGCAUACAUUUCAGCUGCUACCAGAUAUGCAGCGUUGGGUGCACCUACACUGUAUGAUCAUCCAGGGUCAGCUUACGGAAGAGGAGGAUACUAUGGAUCCUCCCAAGGAAUGGGCAACAAAAAAAUAUUUGUUGGCAGGCUUCCACAAGAGGCAAACACAGAGGACUUAAGGCAUUACUUUGGCAAAUUUGGCCGAAUUGUAGAUGCAUAUAUCCCAAAGGACCCUAAAAGAAGUGGACAUCGAGGUUUUGGCUUUGUCACCUUUGCUGAUGAGGGUGUGGCAGAUAGGGUAGCUCGCAGAAGCCAUGAAAUUCUGGGACAUGAGGUUGCAAUAGACACGGCAGCACCACUUGAGGGUGACUCUGGUGGUGGUUACAUGGAACCGAUGGAUCUUUAUGGGGCUUAUGGUCCAAUGCGAACUUAUGGCAGGUUCUGCGGUGGUCUAGAUUAUGAUUAUGGUUAUGGUUCCAGCGGAAGUAGCAGAUCAAGGACAGAUUGGCGAUACCGGCCUUACUGAGCCUACUUUGUGCCAUUGUUAAAUUAUGUUUUUAGUUUACCUCUAGGCGAAUUGUGGAAAGGGAGAAAAGAAAAACUUACAGAAUGCUAAGUUGUACUAUGCUAUCGUACGCGGAACAUGUGAAAUCUGUAUUCCAGUUUAUACUGUAAAUUUUUUCUUUGCCAUUAGAACGCAUUCAAGCAAUUCCUGUGCAGGAAUGCGCAUGGAUGCCAAGCGAUCGAGUCAGCGGUGUAGUUAUCAGUAUUGUGGUAGUUCCAUAUGUAAUAACAAUCUUUUUCUACA